CUGCACUGGUGACCUCAGGGCACGGGAGGGACAGCACAGGGCUGUGGAGAGGGAUGUCCUAGAGGUGCUGUGGAGUAAGAAGGGCUGGGGGUCACCGUGCUGUCACCACCCCUCUGUCCCCUCCCUGCUGUCCUCACCGCCUGUGCCCUCCCCUCCCGCAGUGACCAACCCCUGUGACCGCAAGAAGUGUGAGUGGCUCUGCCUGCUCAGCCCCAGCGGCCCCGUGUGCACCUGCCCCAACGGCAAACGCCUGGACAACGGCACCUGCGUGGUCAUUCCCUCGCCCACCGUCUCCCCUGUCGUGCCCACCACCGACACGUGCGACCUGGUGUGCCUGAACGGCGGCAGCUGCUUCCUCAACGCCCGCAAGCAGGCCAAGUGCCGCUGCCAGCCGCGCUACAACGGCGACAAGUGCCAGAUCGACCAGUGCUGGGACUACUGCCAGAACGGGGGCACCUGCGCCGCCUCCCCCUCAGGAAUGCCGACCUGCCGCUGCCCCACCGGCUUCACCGGGCCCCGGUGCAACCAGCAGGUGUGCAUGGACUACUGCCAGCACAACGGCAGCUGCACCGUCAACCAGGGCAACCAGCCCAGCUGCCGCUGCCUGCCCACCUUCAUCGGGGACCGCUGCCAGUACCGGCAGUGCUUUGACUAUUGUGAGAACGAUGGCGUGUGCCAGAUGACAGCCAGCGGUGCCAAGCAGUGCCGCUGCCCCCCUCAAUUCGAGGGCGCCCAGUGCCAGGAGAACAAAUGCUCCCGGUGCCAGGAGGGCAAGUGCAGCAUCAACAAGCAGAGUGGGGAGGUCUCCUGCAUCUGCCCUGAUGGGAAGAUAGCACCGAGCUGCCUGACGUGUGACAAUUACUGCCUGCACGGCGGGACCUGCUCCAUCAGCGACAAGACACAGCUGCCCGAGUGCCUGUAAGAGAGGAGGGGGCUGGGGGG